UGGUUGCACGCCUAAAAAUAGGGAGGCUAAUCUUCUUGCGGCGCAAGGCUGCCUCGCUGCCCCUUGAGGAGGAGAGGACAGAGCCAGAGGACACCCAACGCCUCGCCGCCGCGCACAACGCCGCCGGUCUCCCUCUCUCUGCCUCAUCCUCCACCCACCCGCCGGCCGCCGCCUCUCGGUCAAGCUUCUUGUGUUGUUUCUGGUUGACAGGGAACAUGGAGCAUUCCAAUUUGAGAGAUCUGGUGAAUGAAGAAACUGUCAUGAAGACGAGCAAGGCUGCAGGCUUUGGUUUAGCUGCUGGCAGUGUGUGGGGUGCGCUAGUUUCUAUGCUGCACGACGGACCUCAGGUUGGCAGUAAUGUCAAGUAUCCUCAGCUGAUCAGAACUGGCAAGGUGUGUGGGAAUUAUGCAGCAAGCUUUGCAGUUCUUGGAGCUACAUAUGUAGGCGUCGAGCAGGCUCUGGAAAAGUACAGGAUGAAGAAAGACUUCAUUAAUGGUGCUGUUGCUGGUUUUGCUGCUGGUGCAACUGUUACGGGUUUCAGAGUUGGGAGCUUCCGGACAGCUUUCCUGUCAGGGUCUGCAGUCGCUUUGACUUCUGUACUGCUGGAUGUCACUGGAAUGAAAACUACUGACGAAGAAGAAAAAGACCACCACUAGUCAUCCUAUUAAAUGGAAGAGCAUAGCAGCGUCUGUUUCAGAGUUCCUUUCCUGCUACAGACAUGCUAAUAGUAUCGGCAACACUUAUAGUUUCUUUUCCAUCAACAUAUGCAAUCAAAUGUAGUCUGUUCAUAAUAUAGGGAGUAGGGUAUAUACUACGUAGUGAUCCUGAUCUAAACGCAUCUUUGCAUAGUACGUCUCGCCAUUUUCACCUGCUGUUAGAUACUUCUGAAGCUCGAAUUGUAAACCGAAGUCGCUGACUUGACUGUUAAAGUACCAUCAGGUUGUGCCAAAUUCCGAAUCCGCGCUGCAAAUCGUCCAUUUCACAUUUUAUGGAGGUGGUGGAUGGUUUCUUUCAUUCGUUUUUGAUCUGAGGUCGUGUUGGUUGUUGGUUCUUGCUGAUGUAUUAUCUAUAUUUCAGUAUGUAGUUACGUUCUGGGCAUCUGGAGAGGUUGGUGCCAAUCUAUUAUGUAUAUGACUGUCAUAUCAUCUUGAUGAAUUCUUUUGCUUGCCA